AGGACCGGCCUGGCCGGGCGGGCCGGCCUCCAGUCCACGAGAGGCAAGGCGAGCCCGAGGAGCGAGCGCAGGCCGUGCGCGAGACACAGCUUCAGCACAGUACCGGGUACCCGCCGAGCGACCCGCCGAGAACAUGUUCCCGCCGCCGCGGUAGUCCCUCCCCGCGCACCGGGGCAGGCUGCGACAAAGCCAACCGAAACGCAAAUCCACGGGGGAAAAAAAGUGCGAAACCUACGCGUUGUGUUUGUGUGUGUUUGUGCAGCAGUGCCUCAAUUGGAUUAACCAUCAGCGCCUCUCUUUUGGAUAUUACCUUUCUUCUUCCUCCUCCACGACGCGUCAAGAUGCUGGUCCCGGCAGACAUGCUCUCCGCCCAGUCCAAGCUCAUCUACCAGAUCAACAAGUACUACGGCGAGCGAGUGCAGACCAGGAAGGGGCACAUCGCCAAGACCAUCCGCGAGGUGUGCAAGGUGGUGCAGGAUGUGCUCAAGGAGGUGGAGGUGCAGGAGCCGCGCUUCAUCUCCUCGCUCACCGAGUGCAACGGCCGCUACGAGGGGCUGGACGUCGUCUCGCCCGGCGAGUUCGAGGUGGUGCUCUACCUCAACCAAAUGGGAGUGUUCAACUUCGUGGACGACGGUUCCCUCCCCGGGUGCGCCGUCCUCAAGCUGUCCGACGGCCGCAAGCGGUCCAUGUCCCUGUGGGUCGAGUUCAUCACCGCCUCGGGUUACCUGUCGGCCCGGAAGAUCCGCUCCCGGUUCCAGACUCUGGUCGCCCAGGCGUGUGACAAAUGCGCCUACAGGGACUCCGUCAAGAUGAUAGCGGACACGACGGAGGUCAAGCUGCGCAUCCGGGAGAGGUACAUCGUGCAGAUCACGCCGGCCUUCAAGUGCAGCGGGGUGUGGCCGCGCUCGGCGGCGCACUGGCCCAUCCCGCACAUCCCCUGGCCGCACCCCAACCUGGUGGCCGAGGUCAAGACGGAGGGCUUCGACCUGCUGAGCAAGGAGUCGGUGGCGAUGCAGGGCAAGCAGUCCGCCAUGGAGGGCGACGCGUGGGUGCUGUCCUUCACGGACGCCGAGAUGCGCCUGCUGCAGGGCGGCUGCCGGCGCCGCUGCCUGUCGCUGCUCAAGACGCUGCGCGACCGCCACCUCGACCUGCCGGGCAACCCCGUCACCAGCUACCACAUGAAGACCCUGCUGCUGUACGAGUGCGAGAAGCACCCGCGCGAGCUCGAGUGGGACGAGGCGUGCCUCGGCGACCGCAUCAACGGCAUCCUGCUGCAGCUCAUCUCGUGCCUGCAGUGCCGCCGCUGCCCGCACUACUUCCUGCCCAACCUGGACCUGUUCAAGGGCAAGUCCCCCAGCGCGCUGGAGAACGCCGCCAAGCAGGUGUGGCGCCUGACGCGGGAGCUGCUCACCAACAGCCGGUCCCUGGAGAAGCUGUAAGCGCCCGGCGUUCAAGUUCCCUGGAGUGGCCGCGGUUUCUCCAGGACCCCGCGAUUGGGGUCCUGGAG